CUUACAGGAGGUCUCACGACCAAGAUAUCUGAGCUUCUUGGCAUUGGCCUAUUAUUAUCGACAUCAGAAAGUAAAAUGAUGCAGUCUCAGAGAAAAAUAUGCUAUUGUAGUUCGACUGGUGAUUUUUCCGAUGAGAAAUGGAGAGUCUAUUUCUGGACAUGUUUAACAGUGGGUUGGGCAUUUUCAUAACAUUGUCUGUACUAUUAGUUGUGCAAUGUCUUACUCUUGGACUUGGCAAACUAAGUUGCAUAUUUGACCAUCAGAUUUUGGUUGGUUUAUGAAUACUUCUACAUUGAUUGUCCAUUUGUUGGGAUUUUGCAGGGAACUUUCUGUUCUUUCAGGAAGGUCAACUUUGUUCUGCUUAAACACUGACCAUUGAUUCAUGCACCCGGAACUCUUCCUAAGAGUUUUAGCUUGCAUCACCAAGGACAGAACUUGAUCUCCUCAGAAAGGUGGAGCAAAAGGGCUAAAAGAAAGUUGCACCAAACAUGAAACAAAUAUGGAAACAAAGAUACCUGAAAAUCUGAGGCUGGACAAAACAGCACAACCCAAAAUGUUGGAGAUGUGAUUAUCUGAUUCCUCUCUGGGAAAUGCAUGCUGAUAACUGAAGAUUGUGGUUUAUCAACAUCAGAGGAGUACAUCCUGUCUCAGUGAUUGUAGGUUUGAUGUUAUGCUUUUCUUUUUGUUGUUGUAGUUGAUUACAUAACCUUCUUAAGUUCUUAUAAUUUCCUAAUGACUGCUAUUGGUUUUUGUUUAUUGGACUUUUGGAUGUUUAUGACUCUGCAUCUAUCUUACUUUUCCUUUUGUUUUUUCUGUGGGUAAGCAAUUUGAGCAAAAGAUAGAGUUCCUGCUCUUUGUCCAUAUCCAUCAAGUCUAUUUAAACCUAACUGCCUUGGUUGUGCUCCAUCUUGUUCUUUUGCUUCCCAUCUUAUAUUUCCAUCUCCAAUCAUAUUUCAGUUCGUAACAGCACAAUGGCAGCAAAUGACGUGCCAUGUUGUGAGACCAUGUUCUGGGUGUACCUAAUGAUCUCUGCGGGCUUGGUACUUUUUGCUGGUAUCAUGUCUGGCCUCACUCUGGGACUCAUGUCCCUUAGUCUUGUUGAUCUUGAGGUUCUCACCAAGGCCGGUCAGCCUGAGGAUAGAAAAAAUGCAGCAAAAAUCCUACCCAUUGUUAAGAACCAACACUUGCUCCUGUGUACCCUCCUCAUAUGCAAUGCCAUGGCAAUGGAGGCUUUGCCCAUUUUCCUUGAUUCACUACUACCAGCUUGGGGUGCUAUUUUGAUAUCCGUUACCCUUAUACUUGCAUUCGGUGAGAUUAUCCCUCAAGCCGUGUGCUCUCGGUAUGGACUGAGUGUAGGGGCAAAACUGUCGGGCGUAGUUCGGGUGCUUGUCAUAAUCUUCUUCCCUAUAUCUUACCCUAUCAGUAAGCUGUUGGAUUUUCUCCUCGGAAAGGGGCAUUCUGCACUUCUAAGACGAGCAGAACUGAAGACAUUGGUGGACCUUCAUGGCAAUGAGGCAGGGAAAGGUGGAGAGCUGACACAUGAUGAAACUACCAUAAUCUCUGGAGCGUUGGAUUUAACUCAAAAGAUGGCCAAAGACGCUAUGACACCCAUGUCUAAAAUAUUUUCCCUUGAUCUCAAUUCUAAACUGAAUGAGGAAACAAUGAGCUUGCUAAUGAGCAAAGGGCACAGCCGUGUACCUGUCUAUUCUGGAAGCCCGACGAAUAUUAUAGGCCUUAUUUUGGUAAAAAACCUAAUCAAAUGCCAUCCUGAAGAUGAGACACCAAUCAGAAAUCUUACCAUCAGGAGAAUUCCAAGGGUUCAUGAUAGUUUACCACUCUAUGAGAUUCUGAAUCAAUUUCAAAAGGGCCACAGCCACAUGGCUGUAGUUGUGAAGAGUAAACACGAUAUUAAGGGCUCUGCCGAAAAUGCAACAGCUGAAAAUGGUAUGUUUCAGAUCAACAUCAAAGCAAGUUCAGAAAAAGGGAUGCAACGAUAUGCAUCAUCUGUGACUUCUAGUGAGACGGAAACUCAGAGUCCAGCCUUACAUAACGUAUUUGAACGACGUGAUGAAUGGGGAGAUGACACUUUGAGAAAGGAGGUUUUGGAAUCUCUUCCCGAUCAAGAGGAAGAAGUCAUUGGUAUCAUUACGAUGGAAGAUGUACUAGAGGAACUAUUACAGGAAGAAAUACUGGAUGAAACUGAUGAGUACGUAGACGUUCACAACAAAAUCAAAAUCAACAUGGCUCCUUCAAUACGUUCGUUAUCAUCAAGAUCUCCUGAAGCACCAUCUCAUAUGACCUGGCGAACUCCCGGUGCAUCUCCACUUUCUUCUAGUCAUCCGACGCCAGCUUCUUAUCAUCAGACUGCUAUACUGCGUUCACCGAUUGCCCCAUAUAUGCCGUCACCACUUAUAAGACCAACUCUCUGUCCAUCCCCUGGGCAAUCCGUAUCAACUUCUCCAGCAGCUGGAUUUUCAGGUCUAGUUCGCAGCUCUCCAUCUUCACAUCGGGUGUCAAGGAAACCAUAUGAGAAACUGAAACAGCCCAAGUAACUCUUGGAGCCACCUCAUUCCAAGCGUAAACGUAAAUGGCUAUGGGAGGGGCUGUAGGAUUAUAGUCCGGGGUUCGCGCAAGCUGUCCCGGGACACCCUGCAUUAUCAAGGGGAAAAAAAGUUCCCACUUUUUGUCAUGAUGGUCUUUGCAGAUUUUAGUUAUGCUUUACUUGUACAAUAUUGGAAUUUGUAUUUCACUUCCUCUAAGGAUUAUCAUUUUGAACGAAGAAAAAAAUAACAUGAUAUUGUUGUCAGAA